CCUCAGUCAACCUCAUUUGAUCCAUCCAUCCAAUCCAAUCCAAUCUACACCCACACAAUACCAACCCUAAAACCAAAAACAACCAAUAAAGGAAAUAGUUCAAAAAAGCAAGAAAAAAGGGGAAAAUGCCAUCCAUCCCCCAAAUCUUCUCCUCCCUCCGCGACACCCCCCGCUGGACCCUCCACCGCACUCUCAAAAGCGCCAACCCGCAAGAUAUCCAGGGUUCACUUCGCGGGACGGCUUCUUUUACGCCUUUGGCCAGGAGUAACAAUAUCAAUGCCAAUCACACCCACAACGCCAAUCAUGAUGAUAAUCAAAACGACAAUAAUAAGCAAGACAUCCUCUACUCCGAAGAAGGCAGCGUCCCGACAGGCCCCUUAGCCGGUCUCCGCUUCGGCAAGAAGUACAUUUGGCGGUUUACCUCAACCCCUGCGCCCCAUGGUAGCAACACUAAUGGGGAACCAACCGAAGGGGUGAGCGUCUGGUUCGUUAAACCUUCCUCCACCAACUCCACAGCCCCAGGGGACACAAACACCCAGAAAGAAAAGGUCGAAGCAGACUACCUCUUCCACGAGUUCGAAGUCCUCGACGGGAAGGCCUUAUCGUCUGCUAUUUUGGAUGAUGAUACGUUCGUGACGCCGCCUGUGCCCCCUGCGGACAAUCAGAACACCGAUGAUACAACGACUGUUGUGGCGCGCGGAAAUCACCUCUGUAUUAACGAUAUGUAUCGCACGGCGUAUGCGUUCCGGGUGGGGCGGGACUCUGGCGAUGUGCUCAGUUGGGCGAGUAGGCAUGUUGUGCGGGGGCCGAAGAAGGAUCAAGAUAUUGUUAAUUAUUAUACGCGGGAGAUGGCUUAAUCUGGAUAUUAUAUCUACAUGUAUAUACAUUGUUUGUAC